GGCCGGCGGAGUGGGAGCCAACCACUUAGCACGAACACACUCGAUGUUUUCGAACAUCAGUUACAAAUAUUGCGUGAAAGUGGUAGCACACGAUUGCUGCGUUCGUGGAAUAGCGCACUUUUUCGUAAUUCAGCAAAAAAUCUACUGAAAAAGCGAGUCUUCCCCAGUUGCAGAAUCGGUGUGUUGUGUGUACUGAAUAUUUGUAUUUUUUUUAAUUGUGGGUGCUAUACAGGAUAAUCAUGUCUACCGCUAUAAUGUCGCAGAAUGCCAUGUACGAAUUCGGGGAGAGUCUGAUAAAGGUCGGACAAAGUAAAUUAUUCUUCCGGUAUCCUACGAAUAACGAGCAGAGCAACUAUAGAAAUGAAAUAGUGAGUAUUAUGAACGGUAUAACACCCGACUCAACUACAACUUCACACAUACCAAUCGGAUCAACACAGAUGCGUCUCACACUAACCAGAAUGGCGUCAACUCCCAUUGGCCAGGCUAGCUCGAACCAACUAGCAGCACUCCUGGACAAUCUGACCCAACACCGGCGAUUGGAGCGCACUCAAUCCGCCCCCGCGCCACAAGUGUCAGCCCCCGCGGCGGCGGUCACAGCCACCACAGUCAACACGUCCCGCUACAAGACGGAGUUGUGCCGCCCAUUCGAGGAGUUCGGCGUGUGUAAAUAUGGCGACAAGUGCCAGUUCGCGCAUGGCAUGAGUGAACUCCGCAGCCUCGCCAGGCAUCCGAAAUAUAAAACCGAGUUGUGCCGCACCUACCACACGGUCGGCUUCUGCCCGUAUGGACCCCGUUGCCACUUCGUUCACAACCAAGACGAAGUCACAAAGCCUCCAAUGUUGAGCAAUAGGCCAUCUUCUGUCACACCAAGGGCAGCCAGACCCGCUGCUCUCAGUCCAUCGUUGUCCCUGGAUAGCCCCAGCCCACCAUGCAGUUUGAGUCAAAGUCCUACCUCUUCGAUGGGAUCGUUCUUCAGCAGCGAACCAGAACUACAUUCCCCUGGUGUUGAAGACCAGAGGUUGCCAGUUUUUAACAGAUUUAUAGAUACUACACAAAUCCUUACUUUGAGCGAUUUGAUAUUGUAAUGCCUAUUUUUUAUUUCAUUUACUGUGGAUGAAACUCUGAACUUGGAAGUUAUUUUUUGUUGAAACGUUGAAAAUUUCGGGGAAAGUUAUCCAGGUUAUUCGAAAAAAAUUAAAAAAAUAAUCAUUAUUCAGUUGUAGGUCUUUGUUAGUCAUUGGGUAACGAUAUUGUUUGAUCAUUAUGACUAUGUCACCAAUUGGUGAGGUGACUGCUCAAUUCUAAAGUUUUAAGCACCAGGUGGCAAGUGGAAUUAAAAAAUUAUUUAAUCAAAAGUUAUUCAAGGAAAAAGAUAGAUAAGGGUGCUGCUUUAUGACUAUACAUUGCAAAAAUAAGUCAUUAGUCCAGUUUUGGAGCUUUAUAAUAUAUUUGUAGGCAAAAUGUUAUUGUUUUGGUCAAUAUUUGAUCCUUUUUAUCCAAUAAAAUAAAAGCUUAUAAAUAUAUUAUCCUCCAAUAAGUUGAUUUCUUUGUAAAACAUUAAUUUAGUAAUUAAGUUUCACGUGGUUUCACUAAUAUGUUUGUAUAUUCACUAAUGGAAAUUUUUUGUGCGAGUACAAAAGUCCAUUGCUUAAAAUCCAUUUAUCGGAUUUAUUUGUUAUUUUCUUACCAUAUAUUACGCUAUAGCUCUUUCUAGAAUGUUAAAAUGUGCCUUGUAUUUUGUAAUUACUACUUUUAAGUGAUUGCGUUUUGUGAUAGGCGAUCUCAGUGAAAGAGUUAUUGCUAAUAAAUUCUCACAUCUAUAGUUUCUGUGACUCCAUGUUCUCAGUAAACCACACAUGGACAAAUUAGAGAUGGAACAUAUUAAACAUACAUGUUACAAUGUAAAUGCAUUGUAGCGCAAUGGUUAUGUGCAUAGUAUAAGCAGCUAGUUAAAUAAAGUUUUGCUUUAAGCUAUCGGGACAUAUCCUAUGUGAUAAGAUAUAUAAAGAAUUGCGUAACCUACAGGGUGUCCCCGAAAAUAGUGCCUUCCUUUGGUAUGGAUAUAAUACACAAUGAAGAACAAAAAAGUCCUAUGGCAUUUUUUUUCUAAAGUUAACCGUUUCCAAAAAAAUACAUUGUUCUCCAUAUAAGCGAACUUUUAUUUCAUAAAAUUAAAUAAUCUGGCAUCACUGUACAAGAACUCUUUGUAACUUACGUUAUUGACACCAGAAAUGUAGGUCAGACACCUGCAAAAUAAUUAUACCACCCCAUGUUUGAAAAUCAGACAAACAAGAAUUUGUUUGUUUGUUGAGUAACAAGAAUACUUUAGUAUUCUACCUAUACCGUUAGGGACACACUAUUUUCGGGGACACCCUGUAUAUCGGACCCUUUCAACAACAUAAUAUACCGGAUCGAGUUCACUCUUUAGUGUAACAUUAGAUUGAUGUGCAUAGAUCCAGAAAGUCUCCAAAUUCUCAAAGAAAAAGAGGGCAAAGAUACCUUUCAGUUCAAGGACACUUAUUUGUUUGAACCACCUUUUUUAUAUGGGAUCAAUCUUCUAAAAUUCUAAACGCUUCGCACAGACCGAAAUAAAACUGGUUGAUAAACAGAGAAGGGUUCAUAUGUUUCGCUCUAAAGUGUUUCUAUUAUAUUUUUUACUUACACUAUACCUACCAACAAGUUCUCGAUAAAGCUAAGUUUUCUAAUCUGUUCAGCAUUGUGGCAUAGGGCAGCAUACCGUAUAUAAUUAUAUAUAUAAAUACCAGCUUUUGUUGUUAGUUUCUUGUAAGUUUUGUUUUAAUUAUACAGUACGAAAGAUUUGUGGCUGUCAAAAAUUUUAUAAAAAUGUUUGAGAAGAAAUUUUUGGUUACAUCAAUUACGAAAUAACUUCCAAGUCACGGGACAAAGGCUCCAACUCAGACUUUAUUUAAAUACAGUGUCUUAUUUAUGUUACAAUUAAUCUCGCCAACAUGGCGGAGUGAUUUUGAUAUUGUGUGAUUUUUUUAAAUAUAAUAAAUUUAUAAAAAGGUGUGUUUUUUACGAAUGUUACUAUGUGAAUGUGUAAGUUAGGUUAGUUUUUCAAGUCAUCGGUCGUAGAGUUUUCGUAUUACAUUCCGCGGAUUAUUUAUUAUUUUUAUUACUGCUUUUCUCAUUUAUUGUUCCCUCUUAUCGUGUGCCUAUGUAUCGCCAGUGUAUAAGAAUAGUGACGCUUCCUUUAGUUGUCUUAAAAUCUUCCCACAUUACAGUAUCGCUCAUCCGGAAGACUCAACUCAAAAAACACACUUUUUUUUAGGCAUUACUGCAAUAUGUUAUACAGCAAUGAUUUUCUAAAACAUUAAUUUGGGGGUUUCUAAUAGUUUCAAUAAUAGGGUUGUCGAGACAGCUCAAAAAACUUAAUAAUGCCUCACUCAUUCUGAAGAGGAACGUGAAUAUAAGAAUAAUUUGUUGAAAUUUAUGAAUAUGCAAGUAGCAGGAGAUUUUCAGGACAAGGAUGCAUAUGUUCAAGGUCAGCCAUUUGAAGUAAUAUCCUAUAAAAUGGAGAAAAUGACCAAUGGUGGAGCAGUUGAGAAGUGAUUCGGGAAGGAUAUGGAGCGAAACCACAGGAUUCUGAAAGGGUUUGUGUGCAGUAUAAUGCCUAUAUAAAUACAAUGUGGAACCUUUUGAUUCUACUUAACACCAGAAAUAGGUCUCAUCAGAUAAGUGCUGCAAAAAUAUUUGAAGCAUUACCACAAGAAGAAAAAUAAUGUCUCUUUGCGAUGAGCGAUAAAUUUUUUGUUUUAAUGUAUUUUAAAUGAAUAAUGUAAUAUAUAAAUGUCAUUUGGCCAGAUACCAAAAUUUUAAAUUAAAUAAAUAAUGAAUCUUCUGUCACUACUUUUGAACACUGCCGAUAUGACCGAUGCAAGAAUCAACAUUUUUUUUAAUCGUUAUUUAAAUCAUUAUUUAAUUUGUGUGUUUUUUCUCAACACGUUUAUGUUAUGUAGUUAUUUUAUUAUAAUUUAUAUGUAACUUAUUAUUUAUAUUGCAAUAUUUAGAGACCAACGUGCUCAUUGUCUCAGUAGCGUGCUCAUGCGCUGACUGGUCGGGGAGUUCGCAAUACCUGUAUAUUAUUUAUGUAUGUAGCUAAUAAUGUAUCUUUGUAUCAUUAUCAAUAAAUUAUAUUUUGUUCAGUACA